GCUCACCCCCCCGACAAAGAUCCAAGCUGAUCAUAUUUGACGACCACGAUCUCUUCAUGUUCCAUUGAUAAAAGUUUUCUUCGCAGGCAACACAAGCACGCACUAUGUACUAUGCCUAGAGCAAGAACUUUUUGAUUGCAUCAAGGAACCGGUCGUGCAUUGUUGAUUUCUGAAUACACAGAGAACCUCAAUAUCUUCUGUAUUCAUUGUCUGAGUUCGUGUUCGACACCUGAUUGUCUUCGCUCUAGUCAAGCUCUUAAGGCUAAAAAGUUUCAAGUCAAUGGCUGUGCAGAAAACACCAACGAAGAUGCCGCCGCAAGAAGAGCAAGCAGCAGGCACCGAGGAAGAAAGUUCACCCUCAACUGAUUCCACCGAUGUCGAUGUGGAAGCUGGCGAACAAGUCGUUAACGUAGAUGGGCUCAUGUCCUACGUUAACGAAAUGCUUGAUGGCGGAAGGCAGUUGGUACUGCAUUACUAUCCGAGAAGCAUGAUCUUUCUUUAGCCUUACACUGUGGACAAGGAGAUGCAAUUCCCAUGUCCUUCUCGAAGUUCAUGAUGAAAUAAAGAAAGUUCCAAUAUACUCGAAUGACAAAAACAAUAAAACGUACUUUGGACUAGUAGUUGAUGAAUCUUCUUUUAGCAAAGAUAAAGAAAAAAAUUCUGAAACUGCAAUUUCUUUCCUGGGCUCCAAGAACAAGAAAGACCCUUUCCCCAUCUCUCACUUUAGUUCGAAGCCCGCGACUUCAAAACGGCAAUGCAAGUCUAUCAGCAGGGUUUAGAUGCGAUCGCACAAUGUGAAGGACUACCGAUGCACGUGGAUGACGUCCCUCGCGUAGUGAUGGCAAAGUCGCUCGUUCACUCGUUCCGUUCCGAGCUCCUUAUGGAACAAGAAUUGUACUUCUCCUAAACCUAGUUAGUGAAGAUUCAAGUUUUUGAUUUUGUUUGCGGUUCGACACGGCCACAAAUUUUUUGGUUUUAUUGUUGUCCCACAUUUGAUGAUAAUGAUCAUUCUGUCGUUCUUCGAGCACAAUUCAAGUUCAACAAAAUAAUUAAUAAAGGUAUCGUCGAGCAUUGAAGGAAAGUGAAAGCGCAGUAACAAGCGACCCCAACAACGGAAGCGCCUUUUUAUAUCAGGCACUCGCGAGACAACGUGUCAAGGCGUGGGACAAAGGGUUGGAGGAUGUUUUGUGGCUCCUCCGUCCAGAGAUGCUUCACAGAAAUCGAUCACAGUUCACCGAGUUCUUUAGAUCCAAAAUCGCGCCAGUAGCCGAAUUGACAGAGCAGCUAGUGGAGCUCGGACACACGCCAACGGGAAGCAAAAGCACCGCAUCGGGAGAGGAUGCUGCCAACAAAGAUGCGGAAACCUCCAAAGGAGCUGCCAAGAACGGAAAUAGUUCAACAACCUCUGCUGCGACAUCAACGGACACCUCUGGUGCUCAUGCCGCGACGUCUACUGCAGCCAGCACUUCAGUGGGAGGCGCUAAUUCCGGAUCAACAGGUGCCGAAGCUAGCGCAGAAGGAUCAGCAAGCUCUUCUUCAACUGAUGCAGGACAGGAGAGAAGAAAGAAAAAAGAAGACGCAGAAAAGAAGUUGGAACUGCAACACGGAGAGCGUGACAUCGUCGGCAACUUUCUUCGCAGUCGGCAUGCAGGUUCUGUUCCGGAGCAAGAUGAAGCAACCGCGGACGCCGAGAAUGCAGCUAUUCUCAAAGUUUGGGGCUCGUUUUUUAUGGCAAAACAAACAGCCUACGACGCUGCGUUUGAAGAGCGCGUGGAGGAUGCGCAAUUUCAGGGCCUAAAGGAAAUGAAGGAGCGCUUCGAGGACGUUGUGCAGAGAAACGGGCUGAAGCAAAACGAGGCACUGGCGUCAGAACUCGCGGAAUACAUUCAAAAACAAGGUGGGAAAGUCUCAGCGCAAAAGGUCGCUGACAUCUACUCGCUUGAUAUCGACGAUGCUCACGUCAUGCUUGAAUGGAUCCAGACCCAAACACGAAUCCAGUCUGUUCUUGGACAGGCGGUUUGAUCAGGUUUUUGACUACUUCGUCCUAUACAUCAGAAAACUACACCUGAACCACAAACUAUUUGAGAAUAGUGUUGGAGGACGAGGAGCCCUAACUAGGAAACAGCAAGUAGAAGAUGAGAAAGAAAACUAAGUCAGACUUGGUCAUGAUUUUCUACUGCUAGGGAAGCGCCUACACCCUACCCAACAAGAACAGUCUAACGCCAAGAUGAAGCGGCAGAGGCAUGAUCGUACAUGCUCUACUUCUUCGAUGCGCAACAUCGCAGUUCUUCUUGCGCGGCUUGAUGAUUCGUCAUGAUCAACACACUCCUUGCAUUAGUAAUCACAACUACUUGUGGAAUAUGCACAGCCAUUUUCAUGGGACUUACGGCAAUUUGAAAUUUAGUGCCACUUGCAACUGCGCUGUGCUUGAUGUUAGCAUAUCCCUUAUUGCCGAGCAGAUCAAAAAUCGUUUCAAAGAACACGUCGAGCCGUUUCGUUAACUUAAUCUGUUUUUACAUGAUAGCUAGCUUUAGCUCCACUGCGAGCGGGAGCGCCCCCUCGCGACAAUAAUAAAACAGCAUGCGAUUGCCCGAUUGCGACCACCACGACCGAGUCGUCGCUAGGUAAAGUUGUCUGGAAAGUCGAAAUGCGCCUUUUGCGCCUCAUCUUCGGAGUUUCCGAGACCCCUUUCCAGCAUAUUGAAAAACAGUAGAGCAAAACGAAUGCUGAAAUUGUAAACUGUGAUCACGAUGAUUCCUGGUGAGCAUGAUCCUCGGGUCGCUCU